CUGCUCUUCAUGUUGCUCCUCUCUGGACUGGGGAUCGGAGGAAAUAUAUUUAGUGAUGCACGUUCAGCCAUAUGUUUCCCAGACCCUUGUGAUCUCCCGCGGCCACACUGCCUUCCUGGAUGGACUCGGUAUGCAGGACAGUGUUACCUGUUUAGAGCAACUGCAACAUCCUGGGCUGAUGCUGAGGGGUACUGCAAUAGAUUUGGUGCACACCUGACCUCCAUUCAGGGACCGGAUCAGUACAGGUUCAUCAGGAGACUCAUUGAGAAAGCCACAGGAACCAACACCAGAACCUGGGUUGGAGGCACCAAUACUGAUGGUGACUGGACGUGGAUCGAUGGUUCCCCCUUCACCUUUACUAACUGGGGUCCAGGAGAACCAAACAAUGCAGGUGGAAAUGAGCACUGCAUGGAUAUCAACCUGAACGGACAAGAUUACGUCAACGAUGAAAACUGCGACACAAAAAGUGCUUCCAUUUGCGCCAAAGAUUUUUAAUUGUGUCUUGACUCAAUUAUGCAUCUUGCCAAGACUCAUGACCUUUGUUGCCUUGAGACGUCUGAUGUGAUGAUCUCACUUCCUGCAGAAGGUCAGGCCUCGAAGACGUUCUUAAAUCUGAUGUCAAAGUCAGAUAAUAAACAUGAAUAAAUGUGUCUUCGAAAACA